AUGUCGAACCCGGACGACUACACCGUGGGCUGGAUUUGCGCCCUAGCCACCGAAUACGUCGCUGCCCAAGCGUUUCUGGACGAACGGCAUGAGCCCCCAGCUUAUCUGCCACCUCGCAACAAAAACGACUACACCCUGGGCAGGGUCGGGAAGCAUAACGUGGUCAUCUCUGUUCUUCCCAUGGGAGAAUAUGGCACCGCCUCGGCAGCACGCGUGGCAGAAGAUAUGAUGCACAGCUUUGCCAAUAUUCGCAUUGGUCUUAUGGUCGGCAUUGGUGGGGGUGCGCCGAGCCCCAAACACGAUAUCCGCCUGGGAGAUAUUGUAGUCAGCAUUCCCGGCAAUGGCCAGGGCGGGGUCCUCCAGUACGACUUCGGCAAGACGAUACAAGCCCAAAGCUUUCAGCUCACAGGGUCUCUCGAUCAGCCGCCUUCUGUGCUGCGUGCAGCAGUAAGCGGGCUCAUGGCCCAAUACGAGAGCGAAGGCCACCAGCUCGAAGAUGCCGUGAGCAAGGUUCUGGAGAGAAAACCGCGGCUGCGCAAGAAAUAUCAGCGUCCAGAUCCAGCGAGUGAUCGGCUAUACUACAGUGAGAUUGUUCACCCCGGGGAGGGUGAAUCGCCCUGCACGUCACACUGUGGGGAUGGUCCGUCUUGUCUGGUCUCGCGAUGUGCGCGCACCGAAGACGAUGAUAACCCAGCCAUCCACUACGGCCUGAUCGCAUCCGCUAAUCAGCUCAUGAAAGAUGCCUUGAUUCGAGACCGAUUAGCGGCCGAAAAGGACGUUCUGUGCUUUGAAAUGGAAGCAGCUGGGCUAAUGAACCACUUCCCUUGCCUUGUGAUCCGCGGCAUCUGUGACUACGCGGAUUCGCACAAGAACAACGACUGGCAGGGGUAUGCGGCAAUGGUCGCGGCAGCAUAUACGAAAGACCUUCUAUAUCGCAUCAUGCCCCAGCAGGUGGAGCAGCAAGCAAAGGCCCUCACUGUUCUGAAGGAGGGAGAUCAUCGUACAAAUAUCUCCUUUGGAAACCACAAUCGAGGCUUCCAGGUUGGGGUCAACAAUGGUCCGAUCACUAGCUCGUUUGGGGCCCAGUGA